GGCAACCCCGUCUUCCCCCCCCCCCCCUCUCUCUCUCUCUCUCUCAUCCCACCUCACGCAGGCGGCAUUAAUGGAUUCCGCAGCCGCGGCCACCUCCCUCCACCCCCGCAUCCUCCCGGCAGCGGCGAGAACCCUAACGUGACACGCGCUUCGCCCCCGCACGGAUCCUCCUCCCUCCACGCCGCCGGUUGCUCGUUGGGGGAGAGAAAAAAAAAAGGUCGCUGCUUGGGGAGCUUCCACGGCGAGGGUGGCGCGGCGGCCCAAUGCGGCUCGAUCCGGAUUGCUCCGCGCCGCGAUUUGCCUCGGGUUGGGCGCUGGCUCCGUGAAUCCCGCGCCGUUGACCCCGCGCUGCUGGUGCUGGUGCUGCUGCCGCCGUCGUCUCCGCCUCGGAAAGGUUUGUUUAGGUGGUGAGGAGAAAUGGAUGUGGAGAAACCUGCUUCCAAGGGGCAUGGUUUCUUUGCCCUCUUCGAUUGGGGAAAGAAGUCUAAGAAGCGCCAGUUCGUCGGGAGCACCAGCAGUUCUCCAAAUCUGAAGAAUGCUGGAGAUGGGAAGGAUAUUGAUGAUAGUACACCAAGCACACGGUCAAAUUCGAUCCUUGAAGACGCCCCAAGCUUGAAGGAAAGCAGUGAACAUAGCUGCUCAUCUUCAGUAAUUGAUGAAGAAGCUCAGUCAAGGAGGAGUCCGACGGUUGUUGCUAGGCUUAUGGGAUUGGAUUCUAUGCCUGCGGCAAGCUCACCCGAAUCCAAUCCCUUGCCAUUAACUGUGCAACCACCUUUGCAAACCAACAGCCAUGAGGAUUUGAUUGGCAGAAGCUAUGUUGGUAGUCCCCUUAAGAUGCCGGGUAGUCCUAUUGAUCGGUAUAAAAUGGAAGCACUGCCUCCAAGACUUGCCAAGAGGACACUAUCUGUUGCACAGUAUCAGUUGUUGUCUCCCAUGAAAAACCCUAACCAUAUAUCCAGCAGGAAUGCAGCUGAUAUAAUGGAAGCAGCAUCGAGGAUCAUCAGGCCUGGAGUAGAAAAUAUAAGUUCUUACAGAGUUCAUGAUGUUGGGAGUGCAAAUGCUGCACGUGCUUACAAUCCUGGAGAGAUCAUAGGAAUCCAACAAAGGUCACAGAAGCUUAAUGAAGCAAUGAGGAAACGUGAUGGCCCUGCAUCUUUUAGGCCGCAAAGUGGAAAACCUUCAGAUGGAAGAUUGAGAGGUUCAGAGGGUGCCUCGUCUUCCAGGAUCUCACAGUCAAAUGGAUGUGCUCCAGUUGGUCCAAAAGUCAAAGCUGGUAAUAGAUUAGACACUGCUCGGGCUAUGCAUGCCCAAGAAAAAGGGGGCAUGAGAAAAGGUGGUAGAAAGCUUGAAACUUGCAAGAACCCUGAAAAUAGCAUGGCUGAAAGAACUGGGUUGAACCGACAAAAGGAUAGUAACCAAAUGGGCACAACAAGUUCGUCCAGUGUGCCUGUGACAAACAACAGAAAACAGAAUGCUACGGUCACCAAACAUAAGGUGAAUUCAAACCCAGCAACCCCUAGUAGACAACGGAGCAAUAUUCACCAAAUAAAUGCCCAUCCCAGAAAGGUGAGGGCGGCCAGCACAUUUGCUGGAAACAGUAGUCAAAGUAGCAGAAAGGUGGACUUGCGGCCAAAUGCUCAUGCAAAUGUAAGAAAUAGUUCUAUACCAAAAGCAAUACCGAAGCCAAGAAGAUUACAAGACAGGAGAGUGUGCUCUGAUACAAGCCAGUCAAGUGAUAGUAUUAGUUCUGACAGAAGCCAGAGGCGGAUUCGGCACAAUAUUGUGAUUGAUGAGCAAUCAUCUUUUUCAACAAACAAAAAGAAAGUCAGCACUGAGAUUGUUUCAUUCACAUUUACCUCACCAGUUGAUAAGUCACUACAUGGCACCCACUUCCCCAAUCAUUCAGUGGAAAAACAAUUUAUAGGGAAUCUGAGCGCUAUGUCAACUUCAAGCAAUACAUCAAACACUAAACUUGAUGUAAUUGAUGGUGAUUUUUUGGGACUCCUGUUGGAGCAGAAAUUGAGAGAGCUGUCAUCUGGUGUGAGAUCGCCCUACACUAAGCAAGCCAAAGGUGUUCACCACACUUCAACUGCUUUGGAAGAUAUGGCAUCAGCAUGUGAAACAUCUAGCAUUGCUUCUACUGAUUAUGAUAGGGAAUCAUUACAGUCUUUCAGUGAUGUAAAAGCUACUCUCCCCCAGACAGAUCUUGCUACUAGAAGUGUCCAGUCAUCUCAGCCUGUGAAGUAUGAUCAUGAUGUCACGGAUCGAGCAGAGCUUGAGCAUCAUGGCCGAAGUCCCCUUUUCACAUGGGAGGCUUCAGUUUCAACUGAAACCUGCAGCUCAUCAGAGAGCUGGAGGAGUGCAAAUGGAACAAGAUUGUUUAGUUCAACUGAAGGAGUGACAACUUCUGAUUCGACACGCUUCAACAAAUUCCUAGAAGCGGAUGCCUCUUCAGAAUAUUCUGACACAGCCUCAUCAAUCACAGUGGCUACAGCAGAAAUCCCUCGAUCAGAAAGUAGCAGCUCAUGUCAUAUGGAUAAUAGACAAGAGGUGGAGUUUAUAAGAGAAAUACUGAAUGCUGGCUCUCCUGUCCGGCACAUUUUCUCUUAUCUGGAGCGGUUUGGCAAUUCGGGUAUUCUGGAUCCACAUCUAUUGGAGGAAUUAAAUGGCAAUAUUAGGUUGUUAGCUGGUGAAGAGGGCAAAGGUUACAGAUUGAGGCGGAGGCUGCUCUUUGAUUGUGUUAAUGAGUUAAUAAGUGUGAAAUGCGCUUACUACUUCAAUGCUGGCUACAGCUUAUGGUUUAUGGGGAUGGCGGUUCUGCAGAACUUGUCAGCGGAAGAAAUCUAUCGAGAGAUGACCAGCCUGAAGGUUGCUGAGGAGUGGAUGGUGGAUGAGCUUGUGUACAGGGAAAUGAGUAGUCCUCUGGGGAGCUGGGUUGAUUUCAAGAUGGAAUCACACCAAGCCGGCGGAGAUAUAGCGGUGGAGUUGUUAGGUUCCUUGAUCGAUGAAGUGGUUGCUGAUCUUCUGACUGGUGGCUCAUCUUCGUAGCAGCUGUUGGAUCCCCUCACUAACGAUACCAGUUGACAGCCACAAGGUUUUUGUUCCAUGUGUUGUCCUAUAUCUGUAUAUCAGUAGCUCGCUCGAGAAAUUGUGUAGCAUUCCUAAGAUGAAAUGUCACUAACGUACCAUUAUUCGAUGAUUGAUCGAUUUCCUGUCAAGAGUGAAAAGAAAGAACAUUCUUGACCUGUUCUAUGAGCAAUUUUGGCAGGUCUGUUGGGUAGGAUUUGGUCAGAUGGUCAUGAUGCAGAAAAUAGCAGGACAAGCCUGUGAGUGUAGGUGAGACUGCAUGUUUGUUUUAAAGGGUUCAAAGAAUGACUA